AUGGAUUUAAUUUACACUUUUAAAUUACUUGCAUGCACCGUUCUCAUCUCAUCACUGUCGGUGAUAGAGGGUGCAUCAUCUCCUGACCGGCUUCCUUCACUAGUGGACCGAUGCUCUUCAAAUCCCUGCAAAAAUGGCGCUAUCUGCAAAGUCAGAAAGGAUGGUUACGCGUGCUUCUGUGUGCCGGGGUUCCAGGGUGCUCACUGUCAGAUUGAUGUGAAUGAGUGUGUUUCACAGCCCUGCAGGAACGGGGCCACGUGUGUGGACAGAGUGGGCAGGUUCUCCUGUCUGUGUUCUCCUGGGUUAACUGGGGACACUUGUGAGGUCCUGAUUGACGAGUGUCAAUCACAGCUAUGUCUCAAUGGCGGCAGUUGCCAUGCCUACAUCAGUGGCUUCACUUGCACCUGCCUGCCCGGUUUCCAAGGACACCGAUGUGAAAUCAAUAUUGAUGAGUGCCAAGAGCAGCCAUGCCAGAAUGGGGCUCUGUGUAUAGAUGGGGUGAACGACUACAGCUGUGACUGCUCUCACACAGCCUUCACUGGCAAACGCUGUGAGACACCACUGUCAGCAUGCCACUCUGAACCCUGCUUCAACAGCGCCAUCUGUCAGGACAACCAGGGUAACUACAGCUGUGACUGCUUGCCAGGGUUUGAGGGGCAUCAGUGUGAUAUUGACAUCAAUGAGUGCGGCAGCAACCCCUGCAUGAAUGGAGGCCGCUGCAUUGAGAGGUCGUGGCAGGCUCUUUAUGGCAGCCAGGCUCUGCUGCCCGAACAUUAUGACCCGCAGCAUGCUGCAGGCUUCAUCUGCAGCUGUGUAGGAGCUACAGGUUCCCUCUGCCAGGAGCUGAUAAACCAGUGUGACCCCAGUCCCUGCCAGAAUGGGGGGAGGUGUGAGAGCCACGUUGGAGGCUACACUUGCCACUGCCAGAAACAGAGUCACAAUGGCUUCCUCUAUGGAGGUGUAAACUGUGAUGUGAGGCUAGUGGGCUGUGAGGGACAUGACUGCCAGAACCAAGGCUCCUGCUCUCCUUUCUUGAAAGAUGGGACUCACGGAUACACCUGUUCCUGCUCACCUGGACACACUGGACCCCUUUGUAACACCCCCACCACCUUCUCCUUUGAACGCAGAGGCUACCUGCUGCUGCAAAGUCCAUUAGUGGAUGACGUGUUGUCCUGCAACAUCACCCUCAGUUUCAAGACAACUCUGUCCAGAGCGUUGUUAUUCCAGCAGAACAGCAGGGGGCAUCUGCUGAGCCUGGAGCUGGACAAUUGGCGGCUUCGUCUCACACUGAAGAAGGAGGCCUCUGCUGGGGCUGAAGCAGAAAGUCCAAGCCAGGUCCUGGAGCUUCCACACUAUGUCACAGAUGGAGAGUGGCAUUCUGUUGAGGCUGUGCUCAGAAGCUGGACGCUCAGUCUGACGCUCUUGGAUGAUGCUGGGAGCUGUGGGAGCCAGUCAUGCCACAAUGUGGCCCAAGUCCAAGGCACCCUGGCCAGGCUGGUGUCACCUCCUCAGAACACUUACAUUGGAGGAGUGCAUCAGGACUCAAAUGGCCGCAGCGAGGCCUCUCCACUUCCAGCAUUCAUUGGCUGCAUGCGAGAUGUGUUUGUGGAUGGGCAGCUCGUUGUCCCUCAGGAAUGGCUGAGCCACUCUGCUGUUAAUGUGUCCCCUGGCUGCAUCCACAGGGACCGCUGCCUGGACGUGCCUUGCCAAAACAGAGGACAGUGUGUUAACCUGUGGCAGAGCUACGAGUGCCGAUGUCCGCGGCCUUAUGAGGGGCAGGACUGCGAGGAGGAACAUGUGCCUGCACGCUUUGGGAACGAUGACUCUCAGAGCUACGCUGUGUUCACUGUCACGGAAGAUCUGGGUCCCAAGCUUUCCAUCUCCCUCUUCCUGCGUACACGGAGGCAAUAUGGACUUCUCCUGGCGCUUCAGAACAGCAGCAGCGUGUACCUGCGCAUGAUGCUGGAGGAUGGAAAGGUCACAGCUCAGCUGAAUAACUUUGAGAUCCUGAAGGGGCAGAGAGAGAUCAAUGAUGGGGAAGUCCACUUUGUGAGUGUAGAGGUUGCGGAGGGUCAUAUGGCGCUGUACGUAGCAGCUCAAAAACAGAAUGAUGUGGAAGUCAGGACAGUCGAUGUCCAAGAUGGAGAUACUGUGUAUGUAGGAGGUCUGUUGGACAGCUUGGAGACUUCGGUGUCUGGUGGAUAUUUUAAAGGCUGUAUCCAGGACCUGAGGAUCAAUGACAGGAGGCUACAGUUCUUUGGGUUGGACACUUCAGUGAGAUCUUAUCCUCUGCAGAACAUGGGAGGAGUGACUGCUGGAUGCUCCGGGGACAACGCUUGCAGUAGCAACCCUUGUCUAAACGGUGGGAUGUGCUACUCCAUGUGGGAUGACUUCACCUGCACCUGCCCUCCCAGCACAGCAGGGCGGCGCUGUGAAGAGGUCAGGUGGUGCGAGCUGUCACCUUGUCCCGCAGACUCAGAGUGCAGGAUGCUGAACCAGGGAUAUGAAUGCUACUCCAAUGCAACUUUCCUGGAUGACAGCACUGUACUGUCCUACCGGGGAAAUGGCGACAUAUCCCGCAAUCUCACCAACCUCUCUCUAAACCUACGCACACGCAAGCGUAACGCAGCUAUACUCCAUGCAGAAAGGGGCUCAGCAUUCAUCACACUCUCCAUCCAGGAUGGUUUUCUCUUCAUGGAGCUUCAGAGCACCACAGAGGACAACAGAGAGGAGGAGGAGGAGCAGGGAGAGAAGGGUGUGUCUACAGUCAGUCUCAGCAGUAGGAUGACUGUUAGCGAUGGUGGGUGGCACAGCGUCCACCUGUUCAUGGCAGCGCCGUGGGCACUAACAUCCCGGUGGACCCUGGUGCUGGAUGAUGAAAUAGAGGAAGCCAGCACUUCAAGGAGCCAAGGAGGCAACCUGGACUUCCUUCGGGAGGGCGUGGACAUCUUCUUAGGGGGCCUGGCCCCUGAUGCUGGGUGGUCCCUGACAGGGUGUCUGAGCACAGUAGAGCUGGGUGGUAUUGCCCUGCCUUUUAUAAACUCCUCUGAUGUGAACUUCCCACGCCUCCAGGAUGAGCAGUUCAUCCUGACAUCGCUGCAGCCACCGCUCCUCGGCUGCAGCGGGACCCCUGUGUGUGAGCCCAACCCCUGUCUGAAUGGAGGGGAGUGCCAGGACCUCUUCAACACCUACAAUUGCAGCUGCGCAGCGGGCUGGGCCGGGAGAAACUGUGGUUUCUCCACCAACACCUGCGCUUCCAGUCCCUGCGUCCACGGCAACUGCAGCGUGAACGGGCUGACCUACGAGUGCACCUGUGAGUUUGGCUAUGCAGGUGUGAACUGUGAAGAGGAAGUGGAUAUGUGUGAAAACCACCUCUGUGCCCAUGGAGGCACCUGUCUGCAUGGGCCGGACAGGUACGCCUGCCUCUGCCCCGAGAACUACACUGGACCACUUUGCAAUGAACGCAUUGAAGAGAUUCCGUGGUACAUUGUUGUCAGAAAUGUACGGCCGAAGCUGCCUGUUUCUGUGUGCGGCGAUGACACCAGAAACUACACCUGCUUCAAUGGAGGCAACUGCACUGACCGAGAGCUGUCCUGUGACUGUCCACCUGGCUUCAUCGGACACCGGUGUGAGCAAGAAGUGGACGAGUGCAAGUCUAACCCCUGUCUGAACGGAGGCUACUGCCGCAACCUCAUCAACAAGUUUGUGUGCGUAUGCGACAUGAGCUUCGCCGGGGACACGUGCCAGACGGACACGGUGCGUGCUCCAUACAGCUCACGGGUGGCUGCCGUGCUGGCGCCGUGUCUGAUUGGCUUGGCGAUAGUGGUGAUGCUGGGGUUGGCGCUGGCCAUUGCCAAACUGCGAGAGAGGCGGCAGACGGAGGGAGGUUUCAGUCCGCGGCAACUUGAGGCUCCUGGUGGUCGCAACCCACCUGCUGAGCUGGGAAACACAUCCAUCAGCACUUUGGCAGCUCGUGUGGAGCGCCUGGUGUAG